AUGCUUAAAGUUGUUUAUGUCUUCUUUUCAUACUUUGCCAUGCUUGCCAAUUUACUUAGAAGGAUUUAUCCCAUCUGGUCUUUCGGUAUCCUGCUUUGGGAGAUAUUUAGCCUUGGCGCCAGUCCCUAUCCUUGGCUGAUGGCGGACAAUAUGCUCUCUUCACUUAAAUGCGGUUGUCGUAACACCAAACCCGAAUUAGCAUCUGAUCGGCUUUACCAGAUAAUGCUUGACUGUUGGGCCGAGCUGCCUGAGGAUAGGCCGAUUUUUGCUGAUCUCUUGACACGGCUGGCUCUCGAAAAGGAUGCUGAAGCCGCCGAGGGGACCGCUAAGCAGACAGAGCAUGGGGGGCAGGAGAGGAAUGUACUUUAUGACCAUGGGGAUACUAAAACGGAAAAUGCUAUGAGAAUGAAUGGCUAUGAGGAAGCGCAUCCUGGUGACUCAAAAGUUGCGCAACUUAUAGUUAACAAGAUUCUGGAUGGCGGAUGUAGUCAGUCUGCCAGUCAGGAGUUAGACAUCUGUCUCUAUGUUAAUGAGGUCAAAUCUGCUAGCGAGUCAGUUAUUGCCAGUCUUCCUGUUCUUCCUUCCCAGCAUGCCGCAACACAUUCUUGUACAGACGCCAAACCGGAA